CCAGCUUGGUGGGUUCGAGUACUGCGAGAAUGCGCGCCCUGCCCACCCUGGACUCGCUUGCCAGAACGCGGCCAUCUCUCGGGGACUCCAGGGCAGCGGAGGGCACUCUUACCCGGCAGCCAGCGAACAAGAGCGCUGUGGAGAGACUAGCAGCGGACCGUGCCAAGUAUGUUCGCAGCACGCUGGGAUCUAGCCGGGGUCCAGUAUCCGAAAACAGGGUCCCUGAGGCCCCAGGGGUGCAGCACCGCAACCCGAUCCCUUCGACUCUUGCCCCAGCUCCUGUAGCCCGCAGAGCUGUCGCUCGAAAGCCUCUGAGACCUGAUUCAUUGGUCAUCUAUCGGCAGAAAUGUGAAUUCGUACGAGGGUCAGAUGCAGACUCUUCCAGAGUGGGACUAAUGAAGAAGUUUUUCCAGGGGUCUGGCAAGGACAAAAUGUCAGUGACCCCUGAGACGACCAGGGUGGCAGAUGAGUAUAAGACGAAGGAAACAGAGGCCACUUGGACUAAGGCGAGCCAGGCAGCAGCCGCUAAACCAGCCUCUAUGUUACCACCUCCAGCCCCUGUAGUGGCCAUGGAAUCCCCAGCCUUGCCUUUUGAAGUGGCUCCCAGAGUGCCUGUCCGUCGUUCCGGCGUGGAGCUGCGGGCGUCCCGUAGCAAAGGAUUGCAGCGCUCUCAGUCAGAUCUCAGCUCCCGCUACUCGACAGCCAGGGCUGAGUCUGACACCUUCUUCCAGUAUUGUGGCCUGGACCCUGAAGUUGUGGAGUCUCUCGGGAGGGAGAACUUCUCUGCUGCAUCCGACUGCGUUACACCCAAAAUGCGUAGCGUGAGCAUGGCUACUUCUGAUAGUAGCUUCUCCAGGCACAGCGAGGACGGGUUGCAAGAAGAGGAGCUCCUGGAGCAGGUGCCUAGCACCACUUCUGUAGUAGAAAGGAACGCCCGUAUCAUAAAGUGGCUGUUUACCUGCAAGAAGGCCAAAGAAACCCCCAGCCAGAAGUUGCAGGAACCUGCCUGAUUGACAUCUGAUCCAGGAAGCAAACUUCCCCAGGGAUGAACCAACCCUUGAACUAUAGGCGUCUGAGACUCCAGCACCAUGUUUGGUGUUUCCCAACAAUACAUAUAAUUGCUGCUGCCCGAGGAAUAAAGCAGUCUGUUGAUAAGACUUAUCUAUUAGCCAUGAUGGCAUACUGUGGGGAAGACAGACCAGAGGGCAAAUAUUAGAGACCAUGAGAUGCAUUCUCCUUGUAAGAGCAUUCUCCUUGUAUCUCAAAAGGGCAGCUGAAGAAACAGUAGCUGUUGGAGUAUAUUUUCAGGACAUCCGGUGGUCUGACUUAAUGACGGCUUUUGCAGUGUGUUUUGAUAAUAUUUAAUAUUAAUAAAUCAAAUAUGUUAAUAAAUGUAUAGGCAUUCUUGAAGGAAAGAAGGAAGUAUGGAAUCAAGCAUGGAUGCAAUGUUAUUCUCCUUCCAAGUAAUUGAUACCACUUAAUGUUCUGUGAGCACAAAGGGCUAUUAUUCUAUAUAAGUGCUAUGGCUGAGACAAUCACCCAACACACAUGCACACGCACACACACACACACACUUACAAACUCACACACACACUCACACACACAUUCUCACACACACACACUCACAAACUCACACACUCACACACACACAUUCUCUCACACACACUCACACGCACAUUCUCUCUCACACACACACUCACAAACUCACACACACACUCACACACAUUCUCACACACACACACUCACACGCACAUUCUCUCUCACACACACACUCACAAACUCACACACACACAUUCUCACACACACAUACACGCGCGCGCACACACACACACUUACAAACUCACACACACACUCACACACACAUUCUCACACACACACACUCACAAACUCACACACUCACACACACACAUUCUCUCACACACACACUCACACGCACAUUCUCUCUCACACACACACUCACAAACUCACACACACACACACACACACACAUUCUCACACACACAUACACGCGCGCGCACACACACUGGUUUCCAAGCCUUCCUAUGUAACUUAACUUCGUUCAUUCCUAUAUUAUACAACUGACAGUAUUUUCUAAUGAUUUGGAGAGGACAUUUAAAAUCACUUGAGGGCUUCAUAUUUCGUUAAUGCCACUACUGCUUGGCCAUAAGUGUGUAGAAGCACCCAUUGGGAGAUUCAUGAGAAUUGAGAUCCUGCUAAAAGUAGUACUGUUUUGUACUCGAACAGUUUCUUGAGAUUUGGCCAGUAUUUAUUAGCCCUUUAACAAUGGUUCAAUAGAAUGUGCUCGGUAACACCCUGCUCUUACCUUCCAAAGAGGAUGGAAACUGGUUCACCACAUAAUGCUUAAGGUCUGGGUUCACUUCACACACAGUGGAAUUGCCUACGUUCGGCAUCAACCCAUUGUUUGCAGAGGCUGCAUUUUGAAGCAAGGACUGUCUCUGGGGUUUGAGAGGUUCUGCGUUCCAAGUACGGUUAACAAGGUACCGGGACCCUGGUUCUGAACUUGUCUGUAAAACACUCACAGUAAAAGAAUUUUGGAUUCAGAUUCUUCUGAAAGAAAUUACGUGUGAACAACGGCCCAAAGAAAAAUUGUGAGUCUACUCUUUCAAAGUCUACUGUGUUUUAUCAAAACAUAUCCUCUUAAAUCACAAAAUCAUUUGCAAUGUGAGUGAAGAAUAUGAAAGAAAUUUCUCAAUGCUAACACUCUGUGUCAUGGAAUUUUGGGAUGUCCCUGAAUGUAGUUUAAAACUGGAUUAUGUGUAACUUUUAUUGAGUAGUUUUUUGAGUUAUAAAAAUAUUUAUUUUGUAGUAGCUAGUCCUCGGUGGGUUUUUUUUUUUCACAUGGCUUCUCUUUCAUCAGUUCAUCUUAAAAAUAAUUUUCUCAUUUGUCAUCUUUUCAUGCAUAUUGUUUAUUUGAAUGUUUAUCGUUGGUUUGCAAGUGGAGCUCUGUGGGGCUUGUUUUAACUGUAUCACGGAUGGUCAUUCUUGGGGUUCUGACUGUCGUAGCACUGCUGUUUUGCAUGUCACUAUAUUAUAUUUAAUCCGAAAGUUGUUACGGUGACAGCAAUUCAUAAAUGAUCUUUCGGUGUGUGCAA